UUGUCGUUCUAGACGUUUUUACGUCAACGUAACGGAUCUCUGACAAAAGCGUGAGCUCCCCGAAACAUGUAUUUGUUCCCCAGGGCUGACAUUCUGAAUAUGACUGGGGGAGGAAGUCUCCCUGCCGCCUGAAACAGCGUCCCCUUUCCCGCAGCGAGAGAACCGGAGCGGUGAUACACACUGAGGUAACUGGGCGCUUUAUUUAUUCAAGAGAAGAUGGCGGAGUUUUCGCCCGUCCUGUCGAUGCGGGAGGAAGGAGGACGUUUCGGCCAGCCCAUCUUCCCCCGGUCCAGGUCUGGUUCCGAGUCAGAGAGCGAACUGUCCCAGAGUCUGGCCCGGACCAAGAUCCGCUCGUACGGGAGCACAGCCAGCGUCACGGCCUCUCUUGGGGAGAAAUACAUAGAGCAUCGGGUUACUGACAGUGAUACCCUGCAAGGGAUCGCUCUGAGAUACGGUGUGACGAUGGAGCAAAUCAAGAGAGUCAACAAGCUGUUCAGCAAUGACUGCAUUUUUCUGAAGAACAGCCUCAACAUCCCUGUGCUGUCAGAGAAGCGCUACAUAUUUAACGGACUGUCUCUAGAGUCUCCUGAUGGGGACGGUGAAGCAGCGUGCCAGGGAGCAGACAAACCUUCAGUUGUGCAGGAUAUCGAGGGACCCUCGCCACCCCCUUCCCCGCCCCCUAAGAACUCCAAACCCUCCCAGCCAGAGGAGCUGUCAGCCAAAGACUUCUUACACAGACUGGACUUGCAAAUUAAACAAUCUAAGCAGGCAGCGUGGAAGCUGAAAGAAGAGGAAGUAAGGAGCAAUGAGGAGGACUACACGGCGCCUUCCUCGUCAUAUCAGGAGAUAUAAAGAACAAGUCUGUUUACUGCAGACACAGCCAUGCUCACAGACUACCAUACUCCAUCGCUUUGUUUUUUCUCUUAACCUGUUUGCUUUUUCCAUACCAUGUUGACGAAAAGUGUAAUGUUUGCCUUUUUAUUUAUUGAUAUUAUUAUGAUGUGUAUAUGAUUGUCAUUGUUUUGUACAGUUUUACUUGGAGACUUAACAGCACGGAGGAGCAUUGGAUAUUUAUAUCUGAGCCCACGUGCCCAUCCUCUCAUCAUUCACUUCUGAAGCUGCUGUACGUUUCCACUUGCUGCAUCACACACACACACACACACAGACAGACAGACAGACAGCGCGCGCCUGCUCUGUCUGUCUAAGCGAUUCCAGAGGGAUUAGCUUGUUAGACUUGCUAACCGCUUCUGAUGCUAAAUCCCCGACCUAGAAUAAUAUCAUUGGAAAGUAUAUUCAGGCCUUCCUCAUCAGUGUUUCCCCUGUUUGAGCACACCGCACACACGGACCCCCGCCUUUGGACGCAAUGUAUUUGCCUCAUAAAAGCUGUUUUUCUUCAGGAGAAAGAAGGGACUGCUCUAUUUUUGCAGUGUGAAUGAAUUAUUUAUGUGUGGAGAACUGUCUGUAACAGCUGUUUUAUUGUGCUUUUAAAUUAUUUCGGUUUUAUUUGGGAAUAAUAAAUAUGUAAUUAAA